AUGGGCAGGCCACCAUCCAAGAACAAGGCCAAGAAGCAGCAGUCCCAGCCCGCCGACAGCGACAACUUCAUCUCACGCAAAGCCGGCGACCUCUCCGCCUUCAUCACCGCCAUCUACACGCUGCCGCCCGCACAAAAAGCGCUGAGAACAAAAAUUCUCAGCUUCAACGCCUGGGCCGACUGGCCAUCGCACUCGGACGUCCGCAACGGGCUGGGCGCCAUGGCGCUGAAGACGGGAGACAACUCCGUCCUAAAACGCGCCAACGCUGCGCUGCGCGCCGCCGUCGCCAAGUACGGCGAGCGGGACCUGGUUCCGCAGAAAGAAAUACUCGACGUGUACGUGGACGUGCUCAGCCGGUGUGCGAAUGUCCAGACGAUUGAGAUUCCCGCAGAGUGGGCGGGCGCGUUUGAGUGGAAGGAGGGCCAGUUCCUGAAGGUGGAUCGGGGGUCCAAGAAGGUCGUUGAGGGCGGGCGCAGGAUCCGGUGGGGGCCGCCGGUUGAUCUGGAGCAGAGCGAGGAGGAAAGUGAGGAGGACGAGGAGGCUGGGGAGGAGAGGGGGGAGGGGAUGGAGUGGGUCUUGUUUGGGUACGGGGUUUACGGCGCGGCGAGUGUUCUAUCUGGGAAGAGCUCGGCCUUGUCUUUAUAA